UUGUUGACAGUCAUAGAUAAUAGUCGGUGUCUCCAGCAUGGGUUGAUCGUAUUUUAAUUUUUUUAAAUUGGAUUAGAUUAUUUUUUUUUAACUUUCAAAAGGAAGGACUAACUGACUAAUAGAGUUUGUUCGUUGCUUAUAAUACUCGCCUUGAUAAUGAUAGCAAGGAAACUAAAGAAAGCAUACAAAUAAAUGCAACUCUAAUUGCAUGAACACUAUGAUGGUUGCAUAAGUUAGGCAUUGCAAUAUUUACAGUAUGUUUACAAUUAAAACUUUUAGUUAAAUAGUUUUCCUGGAAAUAACAAUGGUACCCAAAAUUCUAACCUGGUCUAACCUUACUUUGUAGUCUUUAUUUAAUGUGUUUGGAACAAGUAAUAAAAGAAUAAUGUCUUCGCAAUAUGGGAAAGUAAUUUCCUUUAUUUUAUUGGAAAGGUUCGGUGAGAUUGUGGAGAAAGUGGGCAGCUGUUUAUUUCAUUAUGGUUCAAGCCCCCUUUUGUACAUCAAAAAGUACACUAAUCUCCCUCUUUCUCAGGUAAAAGAAGCCUUAUGUAUUCUUAUAAAAUACAAUUUAGUAACAUUUGUUCCCAACAAAAAUGAAAACAUUGCCAAUUAUUCAUUAAAGUGUGAAAACAUAUUCCUAAUGCUUCGUUAUCCAAAAUAUAUAAUUCUUAUUAAGAAAAAAUUUGAGGAUGAAGGUGAAGUUAUCUUAGAAGAGGUUCUUUUAAGUGGAUUUUCUUCAGCUUCUGAAAUAAUAUUCAAAUCAUUUAAUAGACUUAAAGAAAUGGAAAACAAAACUAUAAGUGAAGUACAACUAAGAGAUGUAUUUAUGGCUCUUGUUACUGCUCAAUAUUUAAUGAGAAUUUAUAUACCUGAAGGAAAUAAAGCGGUUCCACAAUUGGAAAUUUCUGAAAAAGAUAAAUUUAUAUUUCCUUCCAUUGAAGCUAUUGAAGUAAAGAAUUUAAUAGAAAAGAAUAUUCCUCUGAAACAAGAAAGUUAUUGGACUAUCAAUUUUGAUAGAUUCCAUCAGGAUUUACGAGAUAAACUAAUUAUUAGUGCUAUCACAAAAAAAAUUGAUGAAAAUGCAGGGGAACUGAUGAAAACUUUUCUUGAACAAAUGUAUAUAAGGACAACUGCCUGGGCUGACACAUCAAAUCCUAUACCUAUACAAGAAGUGAAAAAUGUUAUUAAGAAAAAAAACUCCCUUCAUGUUCUUUCUGCUUUCCUUGAUCAGUAUAUCAAUGUUAUGGAACAAGACUAUUGUAAAAUGAUUAGAAAAUUUGGAGAAGCAGGAGGGGGUUCCUAUCAGAUAUACUUAAAGGAUAUAAUAAUUCAUUUGGUGUGGGAAACAAUAGAACAAAUUGUUCUUGAAAAGUUUGACUCGAAAGCAGCAAGAAUAUUUCGUUUAAUAAGAUUAAAGAGUUAUAUUGAACCAGAACAGAUACAACAACUAGCUAUGAUACCGGCUAAAGAAGCCAAACGUCUCUGCUAUCAAUUGUUGGAAGAAAAUUUUAUAAAAGUACAAGAAUUGAGAAAAUCUAGUUCUAAUUCAGGACCAACCAAGUCUUUUAUUUUUUUUAAUAUACAAAUUGCUCAAGUAGUUAGAAUGGUACUAGAAUUGUGUUAUAAAUCAUUGUACAAUGUAAUGACUAGAAGGCUCAGUGAGAAAAACGUAAAUAAACGAAUUAUUGAUAAAAAGCAGAGAGUUGAUACAAUUAUGCUCGGAAUGAAAGUGCAAGGGGCUACUGAAGAACAGUUGGCAGAUAUUGAGGAAAUGAUUACUCCACCUGAAAAAGAAUUACUAGGAAAAAUAGGGAAAACGAUGAAGAAAUUAAAUUUGGUGGAACUUGAAUUAGAUGAUACCGUUUUCUUAUUGGAAUUAUUUUUACGUUAUACCUAUAACCAAAUAUUGAACUUUAUAAAUAUGUAGGGCAUAGAAUUUUUC